CAGGACCAAGCAAUCUUUAUUGAAUAGUUAAAGCAACUUUCAGCUUUCUUAAGCAAAGAAGGAAAAAGCAGCCUUUCCUGAAAUUAUUUCUAUGUGAGACUCUUCAAACUGGCCUAAUAUAUACAAGCAUGCAAGACAGAAGGCAUGAGCAGGUCAUGUCUCUACCCUUAAUGCUGAAGGAGGCUUACUCAGCAGAGAAAAGAGCCCACGAGGAUUACUCUGAAAACAUGUCAGAGGCUUUCUCCUUUCAUGACUUUUUUUAUGAUUCCCUAUCAGGCAUACAGGAUGGAGAGGUUUCAAAUGAGCUAUCUGCAUUUCUUAGCAAGGAGGAGAUAAGUAAAAGCCUUGACCUUGCCAGAGAAGCUAUUGCUAAUUCAGUGAAGGAGAAUCAGAAUGUAGAGCAGGAUUUCACUCAUAAUUUCAACACUUCUCCAAACUCAUCAGAAUAUGCUUCUUCUAGGAAGACCAAAGUCCAUGAACAAGAAGUUUUGGGGAGGCUUCAGGAGAGCAGCCCAAAUUCACUAUUCAGCACAGCUCAAACUCUCCCAGAGCAACAAAAAGAGCAACCACCCACAUCCUCUCAGGCAGCAAGCAGCAUUUGCACUGUCCCUGGGAGGCAAGGCAGCAUCUCGCCCUCGCUAAUGACUAGCCCCAGCUUUAUUCGGAGUCUAAGAAAUGCAGAGAGAUGUAGUCCAAAUAUGCAAAAGACAAGCCCAAAAUCCAAAUCAAUGUCCCAGGGAGAUGCUCCUUUCAGGAACAAGCUGUGUGACAAGGCUGUGAUGUUCAUUGAAGAACUUUCUUCCAUAUUUAGAGAAGCAGCAAAGGCAAGAGGCAGGAGUCCCAGUGGGGACUCCUCUUCUCCUGACAGUGGAUACCUAUCUCCUAAAAAGAAACAGUCAGCCACAAUAAAUGCCUCAGUGAAUCAGAGCUCUGGCAAAGCAUGUCCAGAAAUCAAACCUGAGGCAAGGUUACCUGAGACUCACCACAAUGGAGAGCUCUUCCCUGACAAGAAGAAUGUCACUCAAGAAAAUGAAACUGCCUUCCACCAUGAGCUCACCAAUCCAGGUAGCUAUCAGUCUUCAGCUCCUCGAUUUACUCGGAAACUCCGGAGCCAGGAAGUGGCUGAAGGAAGCAAGGUGCUGCUGGAGUGCAGAGUUGCUGGAAACCCAACACCUCAUGUCAGAUGGUUCUGUGAAGGGAAAGAGUUGCAGAAUUCCCCUGAUAUUCAGAUCCAUUGUGAAAGUGGAGGUCUUCAUUCACUAGUCAUAGCAGAAGCCUUUGAGGACGAUACUGGACGUUAUACUUGCCUGGCAUCAAAUUCUGUUGGCUCUGAUAGUACUUCAGCAGAAGUAUUCAUUGAAGGUGUCAGCUCAACAGAUUCUGAGAGUGAAAGUUUAGUUUUCAAGUCAAAAUCUGGAGCUAUGCCACAAGCCCAGAAGAAAACCACUUCUGUUUCUUUAACAAUAGGAUCUUCUACUCCAAAGGCUGGAGUCACCACAGCUGUAAUUCAGCCUAUCUCUGUACCCAUUCAGCAGGUCCAAAGCCCUACUUCAUAUUUGUACCGACUAGAUGGAUCCAAGCCUGUCUGCUCCACACCCAUUUUUACAAAGGAGCUGCAAAACUCCACAGCAUCUGAAGGACAGGUUGUUGUACUAGAGUGCAGAAUCAGGGGAGCUCCUCCAUUGCAUGUCAAGUGGUUUCGACAGGGUGUUGAAAUCCAAGAUUCUCCAGAUUUCAGAAUUCUCCAGAAAAAGCCCCGGUCUGCAGCUGAACCUGAAGAGAUAUGUACAUUAGUAAUUGCGGAGACUUUUCCUGAAGAUGCUGGAACCUUCACAUGCACAGCAACAAAUGAAUAUGGGUCAGUGGCAAGUAGUGCACAACUUACUGUCUGCUCAGCCAACUCUGAAAGCUCUAGCCAUGAACUGUCAACAAGAGAAUCCAACAGUGAUGAUUUCCAAUAUUUCCCACCUCCUCCUCCAGUUCUUGAGAUUAGUUCUCUUGAGCUUCCUCCAAAGAAGCAUACAGAGAGCCAACAGGUGAACAACACAGAAUUUAGACCCAACAUAGCAGCCGUUCAGUUACAGUUCAACUCUGCUGAGAAGAAAACCAGUGGCAUCCAUCCCAGUCAUGAAGCAAAUGGGGUGAUUAACAGGAAAGCUAGCAGUGAUAAGUCUGCCUCAACUCCAGCUGUCCUGCUUUCACCCACAAAGGAACCACCACCAGUCCUUGCCAAACCAAAGCUGUGAGUAUUUCUUCAUGGUUUUUUUUUCUUCCUUUCUAAAUUGCUGGCUGUUGAAAGCAAACCUUCUACCCUAGAACCAUUGUGUGUUUAGACAAAUAAUGGUCAGAACUGUGACUAUACCUUGAUUAAUGUGUCUUUCUCAUUGAUAUGGAUUAAAUCCCAAGCAACUGAGUACAAGAAGAUCCAUGUAGUUCAUUUUAAAAUUAUGCCAAAUGAAAGGAUAUUAAAACU